AUGACUGAAGAUGACAAUGAUGAGCUUAUAUUUAUUUGGUGUGAGGACUGUGGGCAGUACCAUGAUUCAGAGUGUCCUGAACUGGGCCCAGUGGUGACAGUCAAAGACUCUUUUGUAUUGAGCAGGGCAAGAUCAUCUCUGCCUUCUAAUUUGGAGAUAAGACAAUUGGAAGAUGGGACUGAAGGAGUGUUUGCUCUGACGCAGCUAGUGAAGCGGACCCAGUUUGGCCCAUUUGAAUCCAAGAGAGUUGCCAAGCUGGAAAAAGAAUCGGUUUUUCCCCUGAAGGUGUUCCAGAAGGACAGGCCCCUGGUGUAUUUUGACACCUCAAAUGAAGAUGAUUGCAACUGGAUGAUGAUGGUGCGACCAGCCACCGAAUAUGAGCAUCAAAACUUAACUGCCUUCCAGCAUGACAAUGAUAUUUACUUCACCACCUCCCGGGACAUCCCACCAGGAACUGAGCUGCGAGUGUGGUAUGCAGCUUUUUACGCCAAAAAAAUGGAAAAGCCAGUGCUGAAGCAGGUCACUAGUAUUGCCAAUGAUGUGUGCUUGGUAGUGAUGGAAUCUGAUAAAGAGGGGAAUAAAAUCUCUUCAAAAUCUUCGUCUGCUGUCAUUCCCCAUAAAAAAACAAAGAAAUCCAGCAUACCAGCAACUGAUCCAGCAGUGAACGCUCCAGAAGGCAGUGGAGCUUCAAAAGCAGAGUCCAGCCAGUGGACAUGUAAAGUGUGUUCAUCUGCUUUCCAGGAGCCUCAGCUGCUGACAGAGCACUUGCUGAGUCACCUGGAACAAGCUAAAGGUGCCCCUCAAGCCAGCCAAAAUGAGGCUGUUGCAGAGAAGGCAGCCGAGGGUCCCCCUGUGGGUCAGCCAGGGGUUUGUGAGGCAGCCAGUGCCAGCACGGACUCGAAGCGGAGAGCCAGGCGGGGAAGAAAACCCAAAACAGCAAAAGCAGAAACCCCCAUUGUCAUUGUUGAAGAUGAAGAUUCUUCAGUGGAACAUGUAGCUGACGUUGUAACUGAGGUCCCACCAGAAGAGGUGGCCCUUCCUUCAGCUGCAGAAGAGAGAAUUAUGGAAUUGGUUUUAGGAAAGGUGCCUAGCACCACAAAUAGCAUCAGUUCAGUGACGAAGUUUGCUCAUCACCAAAACACCAUGUCCCUCAAAAGAAGUUUAAUUCUCUCCAGUAGACAUGGUAUUCGGCGGAAGCUGAUAAAACAGCUUGGGGAGCACAAGCGAGUCUAUCAGUGCAGUAUCUGCAGUAAGAUCUUCCAGAACAGCAGCAACCUCAGCAGGCACAUCCGUUCUCACGGUGACAAGCUGUUUAAAUGUGAGGAAUGCGCGAAGCUGUUCAGCCGUAAGGAGAGCCUGAAGCAGCACGUUUCUUACAAGCACAGCAGGAACGAAGUUGACAGUGAGUACAGGUACAAGUGCACGACGUGUGAAAAGGCCUUUCGGAUAGAGAGUGCGUUGGAGUUCCAUAACUGCCGGACAGAUGACAAGACAUUCCAGUGUGAGAUGUGUUUCAGAUUCUUUUCUACAAACAGUAAUCUUUCAAAACACAAGAAAAAGCAUGGAGACAAGAAGUUUGCGUGCGAAAUCUGCAAUAAGAUGUUCUACCGGAAGGAUGUCAUGCUAGACCAUCAAAGACGACACUUGGAAGGGGUGAGGCGUGUGAAAAGAGAAGACUUUGAGCACAGCACAGAAAACAUGGUGCGCUACAAGAAGGAGCCUUCGGGAUGCCCGGUGUGUGGGAAGGUAUUUUCAUGUAGGAGCAAUAUGAACAAACACCUUUUAACACACGGAGACAAGAAAUACACUUGUGAAAUCUGUGGACGUAAAUUUUUCAGGGUGGAUGUGUUGAGAGAUCAUAUUCAUGUCCAUUUUAAGGACAUAGCACUAAUGGAUGAUCACCAGAGAGAAGAGUUCAUUGGUAAAAUUGGAAUCUCCUCAGAGGAAAAUGAUGACAACUCUGAUGAAAGUGCAGAUUCUGAGCCUCACAAGUAUAGCUGCAAAAGGUGCCAGUUGACUUUUGGCAGAGGGAAGGAGUACCUGAAGCACAUCAUGGACGUCCACAAGGAGAAGGGCUAUGGCUGUAGCAUUUGUAACCGACGUUUUGCCUUGAAGGCAACUUACCACGCUCACAUGGUCAUUCAUCGGGAGAACCUGCCUGAUCCUAACGUGCAGAAGUACAUACAUCCAUGUGAAAUCUGUGGAAGGAUUUUUAACAGUAUAGGAAAUCUGGAAAGACAUAAACUUAUCCACACAGGUGUAAAAAGUCAUGCUUGUGAGCAAUGUGGCAAAUCAUUUGCUAGAAAAGACAUGUUAAAAGAACAUAUGCGAGUCCAUGAUAAUAUCCGAGAAUACUUGUGUGCAGAAUGUGGCAAAGGAAUGAAGACAAAGCAUGCACUUCGUCACCACAUGAAGCUUCACAAAGGGAUUAAAGAAUAUGAAUGCAAGGAGUGUCACCGAAAAUUUGCACAGAAAGUCAACAUGCUGAAGCAUUACAAAAGACACACGGGAAUCAAAGAUUUCAUGUGCGAGCUCUGCGGCAAGACGUUUAGUGAGAGAAAUACAAUGGAGACUCAUAAGUUGAUUCAUACAGUAGGAAAACAGUGGACAUGUUCAGUCUGUGAUAAGAAAUAUGUCACUGAUUACAUGCUUCAGAAGCACAUCCAACUCACUCAUGAUAAGGUGGAAGCCCAGAGCUGUCAGCUGUGUGGGACAAAGGUUUCUACCAGAGCAUCCAUGAGUCGACAUAUGAGGCGUAAACAUCCAGAGAUUAUUUCGGUGAGGAUUGAUGAUUUAGAGCAGCUGCCAGAGACGACUACCAUUGAUGCCUCCUCAAUUGGGAUUGUUCAGCCGGAAUUAGCCUUGGAACAAGGAGAAUUACCAGAGGUGAAAAGGCAUAUGAAAGCUCUUAAACGUAGCCAGAAACAGAAACAGAAAUCAGGCGAGGAGGAAGAAGCUCAAGUGCCUGAGGACCCUGCCUUCAGCGAAUACACGGAGAAAGAAGGUGAAUUCACAGGGAAUGUUGGAGAUGAGACGAAUUCAGCUGUACAGAGCAUCCAGCAGGUGGUGGUGACCCUGGGCGAUCCAAACGUCACAGCCCCUUCCAGCUCUGUCGGGCUGACAAAUAUCACUGUUACUCCCAUAACGACGGCAGCUGGGACCCAGUUCACAAACCUCCAGCCGGUGGCCGUGGGCCACCUGGCUGCCCCCGAGCGCCAGCUACAGCUGGACAACUCCAUCCUCACCGUGACGUUCGACACCGUCAGCGGUUCCGCCAUGCUGCACAACCGCCAGAGUGACAUUCAGAUCCAGCCGCAGCCGGAGGCAACCAAUCCUCAGUCUGUGGCCCAUUUCAUAAACCUGACCACCCUGGUGAACUCCAUUGCUCCUCUGGGCAACCAGAUAACGGAACAGCAUCCUCUGACCUGGAGGUCAGUGCCUCAGACUGACGUCUUGCAGCCCCAGGCGCAGCCAACGCAACAGCAGUCGGGACAGCAGCAGGUUCAAACAGAGCAACAACAACAACAGAUGUAUAGCUACUAAUUUAUACUGGGGAAAGGCUUGAAACGGACAGUACAUAGAGAAAUAAAACCCGCACAGACAUAUGGAAAAAUUUCUAAUGGAUACCAAACAGAGAUACGAAAAUGUUUAUACAAUGAAAUGUAAGGUGAAAUUGGCAUAGCACC